AAGAACCUAUCUUUUAGCCCAGUGAAUAAGCGUUUGAUCUGGUCUGAAUGUUCUUGACGUUUGAGAAGCUCUCAUCUUUGGUAUGUUUAAGUGCGUGUGAGAAACUCUCCUCUCCGUAUAGUUCAAAUUCAAAAAGAUAGAAACCAACGAGUCAGCCACGGCACAAUGAGUCACUGACCCAUUCCACACCCAACCCAACCCCAAUAUUAUUCCGUAGCCAACUCUACCCCAAAAUCUAGCCAUGGACUCAAUUAAACCGUCCUUCGCUACUAAGCUCCCCAUUAAACGCAAAAACCCCGAUCCCAUCCCCAACCUUAACCCUAACCCUAAUCUUCUACCCCCCACCCUCGAAUCCACCGCCAUAUACGACUACAACGCCGUCGGUUUUUCCGGAGAAGAUGGGCAGAGAAUCCCGCCGUUCAAGUACCACCGAAUCUGGACCGAACCCGACGAGCUUCUCUUCCUCCAAGGCCUCCUUGACUGCGCCUCAGAUAGCUUCUCGUUCCCCAAAGACCUUCACCUCUUCUACGCUCGAUUCUCCACCACCGUGUCUCAGCACUACACCAAAUCCCAGCUCUCUGAGAAGCUCCGCCGCUUCCGGAAAAAGUUCCGAGUCGUCUCGGCUCGGCUCGCUCGCGGCCUCCACGAGUCGCAGCUUUCGCCGCAUGAUCGCGCCUUGUACGACCUCUCGAGGAAGCUUUGGAGCUCCGAGUGCUGGUCCACUUCGCCUUUUGGUAACAAAGCCAAGAGCGACGAGGGUGAUGAUAAUUUAAUGGUGAAUCAGAAUCAGAGUGUUUUGGAUGAUCUUUUUGUGGAAAAUGAUUAUGGCGAUGACGUGAAGAUCAAUUUGUCUAGGGCCAUUGCUGGGCAGGCGGCGAAGACUGUUUUGGACGUGUUCGAUCAGUCUUUGAAUGAGGUUCGGAGGGUUCUUGUUCAACGUUGUCUGCUCUGCUCCGACCAUGUUGGUUCGGUCUCGGGCUCAGGCUCUGGCUUUGGCUCUGGCUCAUGUUCCUCCAAUAAGGGCAAGACUGCACUGGACUUCGAGCAGCAAUGGCAGCUCCAACGGCUUGCUGAGUUGGAUGUAUUGUCUCAGAGAUUGAGGUUGGUUCUCGACAACACCAUUCGGGGCCAAUGAGUUUAUGCAAGUAAUUUGUAUAGGAAAUUGACAUAUGUAAUGGAAUUGCUCUUUCAAAUUUUGUACAUUUCCCCUCAUAAUAUACAAGUAUUAGGUUGACUUAAUACAUUUAAUUUACAUGCUUAA